AUUAAAUACUUGUGCUUAAUCGAUUAAUAGUCGAUUUUUGCCUUAUAUCACACCCAGUCUUCGUCUUCUUCGCCAUUCCCUUUUUCGAAUCAGAGAAACCCUAGCUUCUUCCCCUCUCAAUUUUUCUCAAUCUUCAUCAUAAAAUUCUCAAAUUUCUUCCAUUUUUUUGCCAAAUUUCAUCAAUUACAAAAAGGAAGAAUGCCAAGGUGCAAGAAUGCUUCCUCGGGUCAAGAAACGGCGGCAGAGGAGAAUGAGAGGCCAUGGCGUCGUGAAGGGAGCAAGUAUAUUCACAUUCAAACGGGUCUCGCCUUCAACACUGGAGCUUCCGUCAAGAGGCUCCACAACAUCUUCCUCACGAAGGAGAUCGUCUCUCCCAAGAUCGUGAACAAGGACCUCUUCAAAUCGGCGACCUAUGCUCCGAGUAAGUCUAUGUUUCUUCAGCAAGACAUUCCUCGGGACACUCAGGUGCCGGUCAAGAAGACGUGUUUCAUCACUGAAGCCAAGUUUUCCCGGAUCGUGUAUCGAGAGGAGGGCGAUGCUGCACCAAAUCUGGAUCUGAUAGUCGCCAAAGAAGAAGAAGAAAGCCAAAACGAGAAUCAAGCUGAGUCAUCUCAAGCCGGAGGAAGUCGAGCCACAGAGCGCGUCACUCGUCAACGGAGGACUCGUCCGAGAGAAGAAGCACCGGAACCUUCUUGGGUGAAGAAGAUCUUCGAUACUCUCAUGUGCAUCCGAGAUGACGUUCGCCAGCUCAACGAGAGGAUGACUCGUCUUGAGCAAUCUCGCUCCUACCGUGGCCCGCGUCACAGCUUUGGCGGAGGAGCUCGUCCGGCGAACUCUCUUUGAUUGUUAUUUUCUCUUGACUGAUUAUGAUACAUUGUUAUUUGUUGUGACUCUUUUGGUGGAUGAUGAUGUUUCCUUUCGAUGAUGCUAGUUGAUAUUAACUGUUUAUGUAUUAAUAUCAUUGUUGGUGUGACAAUAUUAUUCUUAUUUAGAACAUAUUGUCCCCUUGUGGCAUUUUAAAGAAAACUCUUGCCAUCUU